AUGAGUGAUGAAAAAUCCUCAAAAUGGUCGGAGGGUCUUAAAUUUGUACAAUUAAAGAAAAAUUCCGCCUAUCACGACGGUAUCAAGAGAACACCCUACAAAGCGAUGUUUGGAAGUGAAAUAAAAGUGGAUUUAAAGUCAUCGUAUUUGCCUCAUGAAGUAACAAACCAUCUAACAACGGAAGAAGACCUACAAGAAGUGAUAGAUAACUUUAAGGAAAAUGACUUGAACGAUGAACAACAGACCUCCGAACUUCAUACCUCAGAAAAUACUUGCACCCUUUGUGAAGAACAUGGCAUUUUAAUUGACGACAUGACAUGCCCUCCAUGUUCAAAAGAAGCAGAUAUGGAACAUAAUCGUUCAGAAGCGAAAUUAAAUUUAGAGUACCACGCAUUAAAAUGA